AUGACACUGAGGGAACAGGCUAACAAAUCCACAUUGCAAACAGUCCUCAAUACUUACUACAUCCCGUUACAAACAGUCCUGGAUACUUACUGCAUCCCGUUGCAAACAGUCCUGGAUACUUACCACAUCCCGUUACAAACAGUCCUGGAUACUUACCACAUCCCGUUGCAAACAGUCCUGGAUACUUACCACAUCCCGUUGCAAACAGUCCUGGAUACUUACCACAUCCCGUUACAAACAGUCCUGGAUACUUACCACAUCCCGUUACAAACAGUCCUGGAUACUUACCACAUCCCGUUGCAAACAGUCCUGGAUACUUACUGCAUCCCGUUACAAACAGUCCUGGAUACUUACCACAUCCCGUUACAGUCCUCGAUACUUACCACAUCCCGUUGCAAACAGUCCUGGAUACUUACCACAUCCCGUUGCAAACAGUCCUGGAUACUUACUGCAUCCCGUUACAAACAGUCCUGGAUACUUACCACAUCCCGUUACAAACAGUCCUGGAUACUUACCGCAUCCCGUUACAAACAGUCCUGGAUACUUACCACAUCCCGUUGCAAACAGUCCUGGAUACUUACUGCAUCCCGUUACAAACAGUCCUGGAUACUUACCACAUCCCGUUGCAAACAGUCCUGGAUACUUACUGCAUCCCGUUACAAACAGUCCUCGAUACUUACUGCAUCCCGUUACAGUCCUCGAUACUUACUGCAUCCCGUUACAAACAGUCCUCGAUACUUACUGCAUCCCGUUACAAACAGUCCUCGAUACUUACUGCAUCCCGUUACAAACAGUCCUCGAUACUUACUGCAUCCCGUUACAGUCCUCGAUACUUACUGCAUCCCGUUACAAACAGUCCUCGAUACUUACUGCAUCCCGUUACAAACAGUCCUGUAUAAACUCACUGCAUCAGUUACUCUUGCGGUCCUCUGUAAUUACGGUUUCCAUGACAUUCAUGAUCUUUUAUACUUUAUCGAUAACACUUGCGGCAACCUAUAA